AAUCUGCACCGUCCCGUUGCCGUUUCGCCAUGACCGCCUACCCGAAAACAAGCUUCUCUCCAGCCCAAGCUCCCUACUUGUGCGGUGCUCAUUAUCAGCCCAUAAUAACCCGUCUUGUCCUCGCCCUCCCUCGCCGCAUGAAGGGAUAACAUGUCCGAACCUCCUUCCUCUACCGCGUACCCUGUCGACCCUACCACUCCUCCGAUUGCCAACGACGUUGAAUGGAUCACUGCCUACCUUACUAUCUACUCCCUCAGCUCUCCUAGUAGACGCUACUCUUUCCUCCUUUGGAUUGCCGUAGUCUUCGUGUUCUGUGUCUUCGCCGUCCUCCACUGGUCUGGCUCCCGUGGUGGUUUCAUUGGCGCAGCCUGGACAAAGUGGUCCCUCAGACGAAGAACCUGGCGCAAGAAACACAACAUAGCACUCGCUCGCAAACGCAACGAGCCUCACCGCCAACCUGUUUCUCUCCCCUCCAACGCACAGCUCUUCUCUCUCGCAGUCCUAUUCCUCGCUUCAUGCGCGCUUGCAUUUGUCGGUCCCGACUACGUCGACCCACGCCAAAAGGUCUGGCAAGUCCAUCGUAAUGCUACAUCAUCAUCCCUUUCCCAGCGCUUCACUGCUCUAUACGACACUUUCACCAUCGAACAGUAUCAACCCAAUUACCAGAUCGACAAAGCGUGGUGGACUUCGGCUGCUCGUUCAGGUCAAAUAGCCUAUGCCCUCUUUCCACUUUGUGUCCUCUUCGCCCUUAAGGCACCUCCAUUUGCUAUAUUCGCCAUCCCCUUCAUGAUACAACUUUAUUUCGACAAAUUAGCUUGGCUGCAUCGCUGGUCAGGUAGAAUCAUAUGGCUCCUCACCUUCCUCCACGUCGCUUUGUGGAGCGUCCAGUUGAUGUUAGACCACAAGUCUACCAACGGGUCUAUCGCAUACGUGUAUGCGUGGCUGUAUGAGCCCUUUAUCCUUGGGUGGACGGCUUUCGGACUGUUGACUCUCCUCAUCGUAUUAUCUAUCCAUCCUAUUCGCAGGAGGUACUACGAGGUGUUCUAUGCUCUUCACCUCCUCUUAGUUCCUUCUAUGCUGGUCACUGCUGCGUUGCACCACCCUACGCUGUGGUACUGGUGCUGGGCUGCACUCGCCAUAUGGAUCGGUGAGAGGGUGUGGCGGGCCACCUGGUGGGCAUAUAUUAAUGGAUACGUUAUGGGACUCGACUCGCGCCCUUUGAAGGUUGAACCUUUUCCGCUUCGGGCCCAGGAUUCUUGUGAGAUGCAACACCUCAAUCCUCCGCUUCACUUGCGACGUGAUUCGGACGCUCAGCAGCCAGGUAGCCCUGUCAAUCAGUAUUACGAUCCUCCGUAUAAGAGGCGCUCGAGCUCAGACCAUGCUCCAACAACGGGUGGUCGGCCUUCGACAGCGACAUACGUUCAAGUUGGGCAUGUCUGCAGUCCUUACUCGCAGGACUUCAAUAUCAAUCACGCCAGCGCGUCGUACCUUCCACCUCCUGGUUACGCUCAUGCCGAGCUCUUGGCUGGCCGAACCGUGCGCCUUCGGCUCGUCACCCCCGGCUAUCUACCUUGGGCACCAGGCCAGCAUUUCUUGGUUCACAUCCCGCAUAUAUCCAACCUCACUUCGCACCCGUUCACCUCUGCCUCGCUCUACGAUGAGUCGGCAGAUUCAGACUUUGGACGUGUCAUUGUUUUGUUGAUCCGCGCGAAGGGCGGCUGGACCCUGGACCUUUUCGACGCUGUUACGCGCAUGGUUGACCAAGGAGUCGUGCACCCCCCCAGCGAGCAUCCACCGAUGAAUGAAGAGGGGCACCCUCCUCGCGGCGUGCUGCUCAAGGCUAAUGUGGACGGCCCGUUUGGGAGUUCUAUUAGGGCUCGAUGGGGGAACUAUUCGACAGUGCUCGUUGUAGUUGGCGGUUCGGGGGUCAGCUUCGGUCUAGCUGUGCUUCAGUAUAUCUGUCUCUGUCUCUCUGGGCGCGAUGGGAAGACACUGGGCGGUCACCCUGGUGGGUGGGGCAGGAAGAUCUUCGUUACCCGCCGAGUCCGCUUCGUUUGGUUGGUUCGCGAGUAUGCACAUAUUCAAUGGGGCGCUUCUGUGAUUCGUACAUGUCUCUCUAUGCUCCCCCCAGAAACGAUACAGGUCGACAUCUACGUGACGAAUUUCGAGCCCCUGCCACCUAUACCGGAACCAUCACAGCAUUGGCUACCCCAGCCUCGUAUUCAUUUCGCCAAAAACUCUGGUGCGGAACCUGUCCCCAGACCUAAAUCUCAGCGCAGGGACAGUCGCUCGCGCAGUGACUCCGAGGAUUCUUCCGAGAGCCACUACGAGUCUGCGGAGAGCGAUGUUGACCUCAGUUACUAUACUGGCGAAUACGACGACGACGCGGAGCCGUGGCAGACUGAAGAUCCAACCCUUGCGCACGAAGAGAACAUUCUCGAGCUCACCGAGUUCGACGGUGAUCAUGACGUCGUCACUCACGUUGAGAGGUCUCUCAGCCAAAGGUUGCGUCAGGAGGGAAAGCUGCGGAGAGCCAGCUCUCGGCAUUCUCUAGGGAAAUCAGGACGCAAAUCCUGGGCGUCUGACACUGAUAGACACGCGUCGGCAAACGAAACUCAGCCUCAGCCAAUAGGCAGCAGAUUCAGGUGGCAACAAGCUUCCGCCGUAUCUGGCGCUUCAUCGGGGUCGACGGUCAGGCUCGUGUCCCCCGUUGCGCGGUUACCUGAACUUCAGCCGCUGGCGGAAGCAUACGACUCGACGAUGGAGGUAGAUCUGGGCUCUCCUACCGAGACUCUCGUAGCGUCUGAGUACUACCCGUGGCAGAAGUCGCGGGGAUCUGGCUUGUCGACACCAGCCCUCGGAUCAUCUGAAGCGCACUUCCAGCCGAUGGCUCUGCCCGCAGAGUCAUCAUCACCCCUUUCUCGUUCUGUGUUCCGCCCUUUGGACUUUGAACCCGAGGCUGGGAAACCCCCUGAUAAUGUCACAUUGUUCUCUCCUGACGUUAUUCGGUUCCCGAUGGACAAGCAGGAAGCUUUUGACCUCCACGUCGUAUCCGAACACGCCAGGCCUGGGAAGCCGAAGCUGGACCGCAUUCUGGCGAACGAGGUCGAGCAGUCCCAAGGGCAAGUCAUCGUUGCUUGCUGUGGUCCGACCUCCCUAAAUGCCAUGGUGCGCAAGGUGAUUGCCCGUCAGAUCGACCCCGCGCGGAUUUGGCGAGGCGACCUGCGGGGCUCGGUUGCGCUGGUAUCAGAAGAGUUUGAGUAUUGAUGUCGAUGAGCUGUUGGCGAUACUUGUUAAUGCUCGUCCUGCUGACGUGGACCACUGUAGCCUAUCAUUGCAUUCAGGUAUUUUAUGGUUUAUAC